AAGUUUCAUAAGUUUGAAUGAGAAUCAAACCAAACAUCUGUGAGUGCCGCGUGAUUGACAGCAUCCAGGUUACUUGGAAUUUAAAGUGUUGCCAAAAUGACAUUGAGUGCAUCUUUCCAUAAAAAUGUGUAUCUUUUAUCGCAAAUGGUCUCUCCAAACGAAGCUUUCAGAAGACAUUUUCGAGAGGGAAUGUUUGAGAAACCCAAUACAGCAGGUUUCAUCUGCGUAUCACACUUUUUGCUCACGAUAUACGAUGCAGAGCGAUUUAAAAAAUUGGUAGAAUGGCCAAUAGCUUGUAAAAAGAGCGAAAGCAAGUAUCGAACCGAUGUUAAAGACUUUAUAGCUAUCGUAGCUAGUGAACACCCAGAAGCUGGCUUUCCACCAAUUUUAGGCACAUACUUGUUGCAUGCCGGAGGUACAAAGUUUACCAUUGUAAUGUGGAAACUAUCACAGGUCGUUCUUUACGUCUACAUCAAACGCCAAGGGCAAAGUGAUGUGCUGUCAAUACCACAAUCAGGGAUUACUGAUGAAGUAACUAAAUCAUUAUUGAGCCAUGCUAUCUCUCAUUCGCAUCGAAAUAUCAUUGAACUGAACAAAAAGUUCUGUGAGACUGUAAAAAAAGCUAAAGAAACUGUGGAAGAGGAAGCCACUGAAAUAAACAACCUUCAGAAUGAAACAUUUGGAAAGAGAAAAGCAAUCUCUGAACUGGCUGAAAAAGUAUUAGCAUCUCAAGUCGUUAAAAAGAGAGUGGUAGAUGUUCAGGAUGUCGAAAUUAUUGAGAUGUGGAAAAAGAACUUAUCUGAAGAAAUCAGCCUGUUGCAAGAGAGGACCAGCAUUUUGAAAUCUAUCGAAGAUUUGUGCAUGGAGGUUGCCGAGUUAACAAUGAGUUUACUAAAUGAUUCCAGAACUCUGGAUGUGUCUAAACUUCCCAGCAUAGAUGUGAAUAAUGAUUUACAUUCAUUGGUGUCACCAGAAAUACAGGUUCUCUUCUCACAUAUGUAUAAGGAAGGAGAAUUAGUAUUACAAAACCUGCUCACAGUAGUAUAUAAAAUACUAUGUAAUUUGAGGCUGCAGUUACAAGCUCACAGAAUGCAAAAUUUAUCCCAAUACCUAUUACAAAUUCAAGCGAGCAAUGAAGAUGCAGCCUCCAUGCUUCAUCUGUUUCUUCUUUUACUCGACAGAGUGAAAAAUCUCGCGACAGAAGUUCAUAAUAGCUUGAAAACAAAGAACACUAAAUAUAUCGCUGAAAGCACAGAAGUUAUCCUGCAAGUAAUGGAUGAUGUUCUAUUUAUGCCGUCACCAACAAUUUGUAUCGAUACAGAUCCGGAAGUGGAAAAGAUGAAUGUUCAGAAUAGAUUGGCAUUAACACCCGUUGAAGGAGCUCACAAAGCGUUAUUUUCUCGUCACAAACGUAUGGAGGAAACAACACCUCAAUCAUCAAAAUUGAGAACUAAUUUGCUAGUAUCGAGGAUGAAUUUUGAUGAUACAAUGUCUUCCAUAACAAGUGAACGACUUACCCCACAAAACCGAAAGCUAAAAAUGACAUGUCGACUGAGUUCUGCAAUGGGUAAAAAAUCUGGGAAAUAUUCUAGACUUUUUUCGAGCCAUCCUAAGUCAAUUGGUAACAGAGCAAACUCCAGUGUAUUGUCUAUCCCAUCUAGUCCGAAAGCAAAUUCUACUGCUCUAAUAAGUACGAUUGGUGAAACGAGCAGUAUACCAGAAAUGACCCUCGAUUUAACGGCGAAAAGUCUGUUCAAUCUUAGCAAAGAGAUCAUUAGUGUGGUAUCAGGGAUGACGCAUCCUAAUAAUCAAUCUCCACUAAAGCAAAAUAAGCCUCAACCAAACGUCGUAGUUGAAGAGGAAGAAGGAGCAAAUGACCUCAAAAAAAGCAUCGAGGCCCAUGAUGGCUCAUCAAUUUUGUUGGACAAAGUUGUAAAACCGAAUUUACAUGACAAUAAAGAACUAGAAGUAACUAGUGAGUGCACAUCGGCCACUGAAAGCCCAAAGAAUCAUAAAAGACGAUCUAUCAGUGACUUGGUGGAACGCUACAAGUUGAUUCUACAGAAAUCCAGUAUCUCAUCGCAUAUGGAAACCAGUGAGAACAGCAAUGAUAGUACAUAAUAUCGUUGGAGUAUUGUCUAUUUACGCAACAUGCUGUUAUUUUAUCUAGGAUCGUUGAAUAAUAUAUUUUUGCAAAUAACACCGAAAUGUUGUCAAUAGAUAGUGCGAUUUACUGGAAAAUACUGUAAAUUCUACAAGUAAUUUCUGAUGAUCAGAACUAUUAGAAACUUUUGAUACUCGUUUGCUUUACUGCUCUUACAAGAACUCGCGUGCCUUACUAAACAAAUUUGUCUGGGCGAUCGAAAAGUUUGUACUGAAUGAUUCACUUAGAACAAGAAAUAGUGUAUAAAUUGAAGCCUGCGCCAUUUCACGGAUUUUAUCGUACGUGUUAUUUUCAAAUAUAUCUGUAGAUAAGAAUCUCUGAUACUGUAAUUAUUAAUUUGAUAGAUAUGAACAAUGAAAAAUUUUAUUACUUCUGCAAACAUAAAUCUUUAAUAACUAGUAUGAGUAAAGAGCCUCUCUCAAUUACAUAAUAUAAAUAAAACUUUCAAACGUUUGUAUUAAAAAA